CCAAGUACCACUUCACAUUCAUUGACCCAUUCCAAAAUUCCAUAGAAUAUAAAUUUAAUUCCCUCUCUCUCUCUCUCUCCCCGUUGAAACUUUUACUAGGCUUAAGAUUUUUCUCUCCACUUCUCAACUUCUCUGAAGCCUUCAUCACUUCUCAGGGAUUUACGGAAGGUGCGCUUUGACUUUGUUGUUAAGAAAAACGUGGUUUUGUUGUGGAGGUUACGGAACGUUAAGUUUUUGAUUCAUUCAUCAAUCAUCAACAGCAACAACAACAACAACGUUUGUAUUGUUGUUGCAUCUACACCACUUCAUGUUUGUUGGUUUUUUUUUUUGGUUUUUUGGAGUGGUUCUAACGUCAAAUGGAAUUGGAUUUAUUAGCUCAGAUCAAUUCAUUCUUGCCUGUUUUUGAUUGGUUUGAAUGUUUCAUGUGGGAAGAUUUUCACUUUUUAUAAUUGAAAAUUUGUGCCCACCUAGUGUUUGUUGUUGGGUCUGAAUAAGUAUAGCACUUGUGAAGAGUAUUGUUUGAGAACAGAGGAUUAACCUUUUUGGUUCUGAGUCUUUUCGUUAGAUAGUAGAUAAGUAAAGUGUCUUUUUUUUAAGCUUUUGGAAUAAAUCAAGAUGGAUGAAGGUUGUAAUUCUUGGGUUAGGAGGACAAAUUUCUCUCACACAGUUUGUCACCGGUUGGAUUAUUCGAGAAUAGGUUCUUUCAUCAUUCGGCCAGAUGCAGCGCUGAAUUCAGGUCUGAAUUCAAGGACAGUAUCAUCAAUAUCAUCAGCAGCAUCGGCUGCAGCAACAGUAGUACCAGCAUCAGCUUCAGCAACAGUAGUACCAGCAUCAGCUUCAGCAACAGUAGCACCAGCAUCCGCUUCAACAUCAGUAGCACCAGCAUCCGCUUCUACAUCAGUAGCACCAGCAUCAGCACCUCCUGUCGUUUCUAAGGUUUCAAAGGUUCAGAAGAAUCCUUCAACAAAUAAGCAGAGAUCUGUGUCUCCUUUGCCUGAAACCUAUCUCUCUGAAACCUUUAAGGAAGCCAAGAAUGAGCAGAAGAGGUUCUCAACUCCAGGUCGUAGGAGGAAAGAACAGGAUACGAGAAUCAUGGGGAAACUACUGAACAAGGAUUCUCAAGUUUCCAGAUCUAAGUCGCCUCUUAAAAGUCCAAUUAGGUACUUUGCAUCAAAGAAAUUCAGUGACAAGUCAAUGAACCGGAAGGACUCUGGAUGGACAAAGUAUUUUGAACAUGGUGGAGUAAAGGUUACUGCAGUAGAAACGGCCGAGGAAUGGAAUGUUGACCUCUGUAAGCUCUAUAUUGGUCUUAGGUUUGCUUAUGGAGCUCACAGUAGGCUUUACCAUGGUAAAUAUGAGGGUGAACCUGUUGCUGUGAAACUUAUUAGGGUACCAGAUGAUGACGAAAAUGGAAUGUUGGCCGCUAAGUUAGAGAAGCAAUUUAUCACAGAAGUCACGCUUUUAUCUCGCCUCCACCACCAAAAUGUUCUUAAGUUCGUAGCAGCAUGCAGAAACCCACCUGUUUAUUGUGUUAUCACAGAAUAUCUAUCCGAGGGUUCCUUGAGGGCAUAUUUGCAUAAGUUGGAAGGAAAAACCAUGUCUCUACAGAAGCUAAUUGCCUUUUCUCUGGAUAUUGCUCAUGGAAUGGAAUAUAUACACUCUCAGGGUGUCAUUCAUCGAGACCUUAAACCAGAGAAUGUCCUUAUUAAUGAAGACUUUCACCUUAAAAUCGCUGAUUUUGGUAUUGCUUGUGAGGAAGCAUACUGCGACUUACUUGCUGAUGACCCCGGUACCUACCGCUGGAUGGCACCAGAGAUGAUCAGACGAAAAUCCUAUGGGAGAAAGGUUGAUGUGUAUAGUUUUGGCCUUAUCUUAUGGGAGAUGUUUACCGGUACAAUACCAUAUGAGGAUAUGACUCCCAUCCAGGCUGCUUUUGCUGUCGUAAACAAGAACUCAAGGCCUGUUAUUCCUCUAAACUGCCCACCUGCCAUGCGAGCUUUAAUUGAGCAAUGCUGGUCCUUGAAUCCGGACAAAAGGCCCGAGUUCUGGCAGGUUGUUAAGGUGUUAGAACAGUUUGAAUCUUCGCUUGCUCGUGAUGGAACAUUGACCCUGCUGCAAAAUCCUUGCGGGCAAGAUCAUAAAAAAGGCCUUCUACAUUGGAUUCACAAGCUUGUUCCUGCUCAUCACAGUAUUGGUCCCGUGGUUAAACCAAAAUUUACAUGAAUCUUCUGAAUGUCCUGUCCUAACUUUUGUAGUACACUAGGUUCAAUGUAAUUAAUAUUGAAUAGUUUAAAUACCAAUCCUCUACAGAAAAAGGUUGUUUUUGGUUUUCUGGCUGUAGUUCUCUUUAUAACAUUCAUAUGAGAGUUGUAAAUUGAUCUGUACUAUUAGCUUUUUUUUUUUUUUGAGGCAACAGUUAUAUGUUUUUAUUUGUUGUAUAAGCCUUUAAGGUACUUUGUCUAUUCUCCAAUACCAGUUUUGAUACUA